GAAGGCAUCGAGGCCAUCGAUCCCAAGGACUUUCCAGAGCUCUACCCAGGCGAGGAGGAUAUCGAGGGAAUCCAGUUCUCAUGGUUCGUGGACGAUUCCUUUCCGGACAAGGCCGCAGGACAGCAACCGCAGGCGGGCUCGACAUCCGAUUUCGUACCACUCUGGCAGAAGAAUGCUCAGCGAUCACCCGGCGAGGCAGUUGAUGGACACAAGGAUGAUCAUGUGGAGGAACACCAUGCGGACUCCAUUUCAGGAUUGGUCAAGUUAAUGGAGUCGGAGCGGGCAAGGAAUAUCAAGGUCAUUGAUAUGCGCGAUAAGUGCGACUGGACCGACUGGAUGGUCAUUGCAGAAGGAUUGAGCGAGAGACACCUUGGAAAUGUUGCAGAUCAGGUCUAUAGCGCACUGAAGAAGAGCUCACCCCACACUAGUCCCCCAGUCAUGGAAGGUCGCGAUACCUCGGAUUGGGUCGUAAUCGAUGCAGGAUCCGUUGUUAUUCACUUCAUGACACCCGAGGCAAGAAAGGAAAGGGAUUUGGAGGGGUUGUGGGCCUCGGUCAAGAACCCAUUAAAACUCAAGGAUGCGGAGGAGCUUUCAUGGGAUGAUGUCAAGGGCAAGAUGACAAAGAGCUGGAAGGAAAACCCAGGUCGGUCCAGAGGUGAAGAUGGCAAGCGUGGACGUCGUGGUGAAAGAGACAUUCCUUUGUCCGAGGUUGUCAAGUGGUAAAAGGACAGACCGCUCUUUUGAUCUGUGAACAGAUUCACAGCAGCAAGCGAGCCAUAGGAGCAUAUCUUGAUGCGCGCUUUUUUUUUUUUUUUUU